AUGAAGGCAGCAGUAGUAUUACUUUGCUUAGCAGUGAUUGUGAAUACAGCCAUAUGCCAGGUGACACCUCGAUGGCCAAUUCCCGGUUAUUUAAGACGACCACUGCCACCAUGCACUCUCGAAACACCAAUCGGACAGCUAGAGUAUUGUGUGGACGUCGACGGUAUAGGUUUCGAGAUUUUGUUAAGACUUAAUAACGAAAAUUUCCCUGGUGCAGAGGAUCUGCCUCCAUGCACUUAUGAAACACUAAUUGUAGACCUGGAUAAAUGCUUCGACGUCAACGGUAUAGGUUGGGAAAUGUUAGACAAGGCUGGUAUUAUUCCACAAGAACCGUAA